UGAUAACCACCCCCUCUUCACUCAGAGCUCCUACCAGGCCGAGGUGAUGGAGAACUCACUCCCAGGAGCUGUGAAGAUCAAAACACCCCUUAACCGGGAGCUAGUGGCCACCUACGAGGUCACCAUCUCCGUGCAUGACAACGCCAGCGAGGUCCUUGACCGCUCGGUCAGCAUGCCCAAUGCCAAGCUGACCAUCAACGUGUUAGAUGUCAAUGACAACACACCCCGCUUCCGCCCCUUUGGGGCCACCUAUUUCACUGAGAGGAUCCUGGAGGGAGCCACACAGGGCACAACGCUGAUCUCCAUCUCAGCGGUGGACCCAGACAAAGGAGCCAAUGGACAGAUCACCUACGAGCUGCUGAACCUCUCCCCGAAAGGCUACGCCUGUCUUGAAGACCAGUCAGCAGGGAAGGUCAUAGCCAACAGGACAGUGGACUACGAGGAGGUGCAGUGGCUGAACUUCACCAUCCGAGCUUCAGACAAUGGCUCUCCCCGCAGAUCUGCUGAGAUCCCCGUGUACCUUCAGAUAGUGGAUGUCAAUGAUAACAAUCCUGUUUUCAGCCAGCCGUCCUACCAGAAAGCUGUCUUUGAGGACGUCCCACUGGGAACAGUCAUCCUGAGGGUCAAGGCCACGGAUGCAGAUUCUGGGCGCUUUGCUCUCAUCCAGUAUAGUCUAGGGGAUGGAGAGGGCAAGUUUGGGAUAAAUCCCAACACGGGUGAUAUCUACAUCCUAUCUGCCUUGGACCGGGAGAAGAAGGAUCACUACACGCUGACCGCCGUGGCCAGGGACAAUCCCGGGGACAUCUCUAGUAAUCGUCGGGAGAACUCUGUGCAGGUGCUGAUCACAGUCCUGGACAUCAAUGACUUCAGGCCCCAAUUCAGCAAAAGCCAGUUCAGCACCAGUGUCUACGAGAAUGAGCCAGCCGGGACAUCUGUGAUAACCAUGAGCGCGACAGACCUGGAUGAGGGAGACAACGGUGUGGUGACCUACAGCAUUGAGGGCCCUGGAGUAGAGGCCUUCAAGAUCAAUAAAGACUCCGGGCUCAUCACGUCCCGGCGGCGUUUGCAGUCCUACGAGAGGUUCAACCUGACUGUGGUGGCCACAGACAAAGGGCGACCCCCUCUCUGGGGCACAACCAUGCUCCACAUUGACGUCAUUGACAUUAAUGACAACCGUCCCGUGUUUGUUCGCCCACCCAACGGCACCAUCCUGCACAUCAAGGAGGAAAUCCCGUUGCGGUCCAACGUGUACGAGGUCUACGCCACAGACAAAGACGAGGGCCUCAAUGGCGCAGUCCUGUACAACCUCCUAAAAACCGGUGCAGGAAACAAAGACUGGGAGUAUUUCAGCAUUGACUCUGUCAGCGGGCUCAUCCAGACGGCAAUGAGGCUGGACCGGGAGAAGCAGGCAGUGUACAACCUGAUCAUCGUGGCCUGUGACCAGGGCCAGCCAGCCUAUGAGACCAUGCAGCCCCUCCAGGUCACACUUGACGACAUCGAUGACAACGAGCCCCUCUUCCUCCGGCCGCCCAGGGACAGCCCCCAGUACCAGGCACUCUCUGUCCCUGAGCACUCACAGCCUGGCACCGUGGUGGGGAACAUCACCGGUGCCGUGGACGCGGAUGAGGGCUCCAACGCCAUCGUCUACUACUUCAUAGCAGCUGGGAACCAGGAGAGCAAUUUCCAGCUGAGUCGGGAGGGGAAGCUGCAAGUCCUGCGAGACCUGGACCGGGAGAAGGAGCCAUACUACUCUAUCAUCGUCAAAGCAUCCAGCCAGAGAAACUGGGCACCACCCAGAGGCCACCAGGCGGGCAGGGCCGAGGCUUGGGACCUCAGCACAGACCUGACACUUCAGGAGGUGCGGAUCUUCCUGGAUGACAUCAAUGACCAGGCACCACAGUUCACCAAGUCAGAGUACACGGCAGGGGUGGCCACAGACGCCAAAGUGGGUUCGGAGCUCAUCAGAGUCAUAGCCGUGGACGCCGAUGUGGGGAAUAACAGCCUGGUCUUGUACAACAUCCUGGGGAUCCGCUACAUCAAGCAGCACUCCAACGACUCCGAGGAGGUGGCCAAUAUCUUCAGCAUCGGUACCCUUGAUGGCAUCCUGCGAACCUUCGACCUGUUUACAGCCUACAACCCUGGGUACUUUGUGGUGGACAUCAUGGCUUCUGACCUUGUGGGCCACAAUGACACAGCCAUCGUGGGGAUUUAUAUCCUGCGAGAUGACCAGCGAGUCAAAAUCAUCAUCAAUGAGAUUCCUGACAAAGUUAGACAGUUCGAGGAGGAGUUCAUCAGUCUGCUCUCCAACAUCACAGGUGCCAUCGUCAACACAGAUGAUGUGCAGUUCCACGUCGACAAGAAAGGUCGGGUGAACUUCGCGCAGACAGAACUGCUGAUACAUGUGGUGAACAGGGAAACCAACCGGAUUCUGGAUGUGGAGCGGGUAAUUCAGAUGAUCGAUGAGAAUAAGGAGCAGCUGAGGAACCUCUUCAGGAACUACAACGUGCUGGAUGUGCAGCCCGCCAUCACUGCCCGGGCACCAGAUGACCUCUCAGCUCUGCAGAUGGUGAUUAUUGUGCUGGCCGUUCUCCUCUUCCUGGCUGCCAUGCUCUUCAUCCUCAUGAACUGGUACUACCGAACAGUGCACAAAAGAAAAUUAAAAGCUAUAGUGGCUGGCUCCACAGGGAACAGGGGCUUCAUGGACAUCAUGGAUAUGCCAAACACCAACAAAUAUUCCUUUGACGGGGCCAACCCCGUGUGGCUGGACCCUUUCUGCAGGAAUAUGGAGCUGGCAGCGCAGGCGGAGCACGAGGACGACCUGCCGGAGAACCUGAGCGAGAUCACCGACCUGUGGAACAGCCCGGCCAGGACUCACGGGACCUUCGGCAGAGAGCCUUCUGCAGCCAAGCCCGAAGACGACCGCUACCUCCGGGCUGCCAUCCAGGAGUACGACAACAUUGCUAAACUGGGGCAGAUCAUGCGCGAGGGGCCCAUCAAGGGCUCUCUCUUGAAGGUGGUCCUGGAUGAUUACAUGCGCUUGAAAAAACUCUUUGCCCAGCGGAUGGUGCAUAAGGCCACCGCCAGUCUGGGGGACCGCUCCUCGGUCACGGAGCUGAUCCAGAAGGACCUGGACGAGGAAGAGGAGCACAGCCCCAGCCAGGGGAGCCUCCGCUUCCGGCACAAGCAGCCCGUGGAGCUCAAAGGCCCCGACGGCAUCCACGUGGUGCACGGCAGCACGGGCACGCUGCUCACGUCCGACCUCAACAGCCUGCCCGAAGACGACCAGAAGGGCCUGGGCCGCUCCCUGGAGACCCUGGCCGCGGACUGCGGGGGCUACAGCGACCCCAACGCCCGCACCGAGUCGGCCAAGUCCACCCCCCUGCACAAGAUGCGGGAGGUGAUCAUGGAGAGCCCGCUGGAGAUCACGGAGCUAUGACCAGCGGCGGGAGCAGGGGGCCAGGAGGCAGCGCCCAGAGCCGCCCGCGGCGCCCUGCCUGCCCCGCCGGCACGGCACGGCACGGCACGGCACGGUCCGGCCCCGCGGAGAGAGCUCGGCUCCAGGAAAGGGCUCUCAGGACCGGGUUGCUUUUACUCGCGUGUCAUUUAAUCAUGGAAUCAUUAAAAUUUUUUUUUUAUUUUUCUUAAAAAAAAAAAGUUUUUUUUUUAAAAAAAAAAAGAGGGAAAAAAAAAGGGAAAAAAGUUAAGUGACUGCAAGUGUUCAGAGGACGGGCAGGGGCUGAGACCCGGCGUAGCCGAAAGCAACGCGGCCUCGAGUCCGGCAGACUUGGAGGCUGCCCGGGGCCGGUGGCUCCGCUGUCCCCUGCCCGGAUGCAUGCCAGGGACAGAGCCGCGGUGCCGGGGCCGCAGGGAGGGCCGAGUCCACGUGGCAUUAAUGUGUGUCGUCACCUUGCCGGAAAGGA